UUAGAGCGCCGAACAGUGUUGGGCCCAAGGACCAUGAGAGGGCCGGAGUCGGGUCCCGAACCUACUAUGGAAGGGGACGUGUUGGACACCCUGGAGGCGCUGGGGUACAAGGGACCACUGUUAGAAGAGCAAGCCCUUACCAAGGCAGCAGAGGGUGGACUGUCUUCGCCUGAAUUUUCAGAGCUCUGUGUUUGGUUAGGCUCUCAGAUAAAAUCAUUGUGCAACUUGGAAGAAAGUAUCACUUCAGCUGGGAGAGAUGAUCUAGAAAGCUUCCAGCUUGAGAUAAGUGGGUUUUUAAAAGAAAUGGCAUGUCCGUAUUCUGUACUCAUAUCAGGAGAUAUUAAGGACCGUUUAAAAAAGAAGGAUGACUGUUUGAAGCUUCUAUUGUUUUUAAGUACAGAGCUUCAAGCUUUACAGAUACUACAGAAUAAGAAACGUAAAAAUUCUCAAUUAGAUAAAAACAGUGAAAUUUAUCAAGAAGUUGAAGCUAUCUGUGAUACUCUUGGUGUACCCAAGUCAGCAACUUCUGACAUUCCGCUUAUGCUAAACCAAGUGGAAUCAAAGGUGAAGGAUAUUCUCUCAAAAGUCCAGAAAAAUCAUGUGGGAAAACCACUGCUGAAAAUUGAUUUAAAUCUGGAACAGGCGGAACAACUAGAAAGGAUCAAUGAAGCUCUUUCCUGUGAAUAUGAAUGCCGCCGGCGGAUGUUGAUGAAACGAUUAGAUGUGACAGUGCAGUCCUUUGGUUGGUCUGAUAGAGCAAAGGUAAAAACAGAUGACAUAGCAAGAAUUUACCAGCCGAAGCGUUAUGCUUUAUCACCGAAGACAACGAUUACAUUGGCACAUCUACUUGCUGCUCGUGAAGAUCUAUCCAAGAUCAUUAGAACAAGUAGCGGCUCCAGCCGAGAGAAGACGGCAUGUGCCAUUAAUAAGGUGCUGAUGGGAAGGGUGCCUGACAGAGGAGGAAGGCCAAAUGAAAUUGAACCACCGCCCCCGGAAAUGCCCCCUUGGCAAAAGAGACAAGAAGGCGGCGGAAGGGGUGGUUGGGGUGGUGGGGGUGGUCGAGGAGGUGGUGGGGGUGGAAGAGGUGGCUGGGGAGGUGGAGGAGGUUGGGGAGGUGGUGGGGGAGGAGGAGGAGGUGGCGGAGGAGGGUGGGGUGGAAGUGGGGGAGGGGGCGGUAGAGGAGGAGGUUUCCAAGGCAGGGGAGAUUAUGGCGGGAGGGGAGAUUAUGGUGGAAGAGGAGGAGGCUAUGGUGGAAGAGGAGGGGGCUAUGGGGGACGAGGUUAUGGAGAUCCAUAUGGGGGAGGUGGUGGUGGAUAUAGAAGGUAUUAAAAACCACCAAAAUUAGAUAGCAGUGCUUACUUCUUGGUAGGGACAUUAGGUGUAGUGUUCUAAGUAACAUACUUGAAUGUCAGCUUUCAAGUAAACCCCAUGUUAGCUUCCUUGUUAUCAUUCUUAAAUUGGGUUAAUAUGUAAGAGCAUUGUUUUUAUACUACCAUUUGAUCUCUUAGACAAAGUGAUGAUUUUUCCAUAUUCUGUGUACCCUUGAGCAUGUCUUUUUAAAAAACAAAAAAUGAACAAAAAUUAUUUUUAAAAAUGUAAAUAUUUAUUACCAUCAAACUUGGAAAAUGGAAAGUAUUUUAUUGUCAUGAUUGAAUUUAGAUUGUUACCCGUAUUUUAUUCAGGUUUGAAACAUAAAUUACCCCACUUGUAAUGGAAAGGAAUAUAGACUAUUGCCUCAUCUGUAUUCCUGUGGCUGUGUUUUGUAUUUGUUAAUUAUUCUUUAUGAAAUAGGGAAAGGGACUUAUCUGAUAGUUGUGUUCAAUAGGUAGUUGUCAUGACCUGUUUGCUCUUCUUUAGGAAACAAUUUCUCGCCAGGCUUCUGUUAAAGUUCCAUUAAUUGAAGCUCACAUCUACUUUUUGCAAUGCAUAUUUGAUUUAUUUUCCAAGUGGAUUUGAAACCUGUGAUUUUGUUUGACAAAGCAAAGUUAAAGACUGAAGUCAGAAUUUAUUCUGAAGGGAUUAAGACAAGUAAUUUUACAUUACGAUGUAGAAAAUACUCAUAUAAAUUGGUCUCUUCAUCACUUAUGCCAUCGCUUUAGGUGUUUGAAUAUUAAAAGGCAGGCUGAGCUGCACUGCUCAGGAUUAGGGCAGUUAUUUCCUGUUUCAGUCCAUCAGAGGCAGGAUUCAAGGCAUCCCUUAGAAAUUCUGAUUCACAGCUAGAUUUGGGAAACCGGCUUAGUGAAUGGUUACAUGUGGUCUGGUGGUUGGAACAGGUAAAGGUUUGGAGAUGAGGAGUUGUGAAUUUGAAUCAUGGCACUAGCCCAGGGGCGCUGUGAGGUGAACCGACCACAGCUCUCAAGGACUGAUUUGUCCUCAUCUGUCAGAUGGGGAUUGUGACACUUGAUCUCUUCUCAAACUGUUUCAUAAAGACCUAAGUACAGUGCGAUUUGUUGAGGGCUGUUGUAAAUGGUUUAAGAAGUGGGCUCAGUACUGCAUUCUUCUUUUAGUAAAGAGAGCUAGAUAAGAUAGUCACACACGUUUUUUCAUGUCCACUAUAAAAUGUCCUGGUGUGGGCGCCUGGUUAACACCUGUGCAUAACAACUUCCUCUGAUCUAACAAACUCAACAGAUAGAAAGUGGAGUACCAGUGGACACAUGGUAUUUGGCAUUUGGCAGUUUCGUUGUUGUUUUGCUUCCAGUAAACCCUAUAGUGAAAUCUAAAAUAAUGUUAAAACUUUAAGGGUAAAUAUGCUGCAGUCUUUGCCAUGUAUUUUUCAAGCUAACUCUUCAAAGAAAUUUGUUCAGGAUAGGAAAACAUAAACUUUAGGUUAUUUGUAAAAUAGAUUUUUAAAAUGUGUUUAUAUUUAAUGAAUAUACUUAAUUUCAUUUGUGAUAGUUGGAAAAAAAGGCUUUCCAUAAUUAAGAAAAAACUUUUUUCAAUAGCUAUGAACUCUGAAAAAUAAAUAAUUUUUAA